CCCCCAGGUAGCCAACACUAUGGGGACGCUGGGCUGGGGCUCUCCUGCCCAGAGCCAGCCACCGAGUCGGAGGGAUGCAGGGAAUGAUGUCUGCAGCUAAAGGGACAACAAAUCCCCGGACUCGAGCGUUCAGGAACGCAUGCAGCCGGGUCACAAGCUUUUAUUAAAGGCCUUCAAUGUGCCAGGCUCUGGGCCAAGCCUGGGGUUGAAAAGAAAGGCCCAGACAACCCCGGGGUCCCAGAAGCUCGCAAUCUACCGGGGGAAUAAAUGUACCAUCCAACCGCUUCUAAGCAAUUAGCUGGGGCGACUUCCAAGUAGAUAGUGAAGCCGAAAAUCAAAACAGGUGGAGAGCCGCGCGGAUCGCGAGGAAACGUCCUCCCCGAUGCUCGGAAGGUAGAGCGCUGAGGAGCUCCGCGUAGCCCGAGCAGCCCCGGCCCGGCCCGGCCCGGCCCGGCCCCAGCCGCCGCCUGAGGAUGGACGGCUUCUAUGACCAGCAAGUGCCUUACUUGGUCAGCAACAGUCAGCGUGGGAGAAGCUGUAAUGAGAAACCAGCAAAUGUCAGGAAAAGAAAAUUCAUUAACAGAGACCUGGCUCAUGACUCAGAAGAACUCUUUCAAGAUCUGAGCCAAUUACAGGAAACAUGGCUUGCAGAAGCUCAGGUACCUGACAAUGAUGAGCAGUUUGUCCCAGACUAUCAGGCUGAAAGUUUGGCUUUUCAUGGCCUCCCCUUGAAAAUCAAGAAAGAGCCCCACAGCCCGUGCUCGGAGCUGGGCUCGGCCUGCAGUCAAGAGCAGCCCUUUAAGUUCAGCUAUGGAGAAAAGUGCCUCUACAAUGUCAGUGCCUAUGAUCAGAAGCCACAAGUGGGAAUGAGGCCCUCCAACCCCCCAACGCCGUCCAGCACUCCCGUGUCUCCCCUGCAUCAUGCCUCCCCGAACGCAGCUCACACCCCGAAGCCCGACCGGGCCUUCCCUGCUCACCUCCCACCGUCCCAGCCCAUCCAGGACAACAGCUACCCAAUGGACCACAGAUUUCGACGCCAGCUUUCUGAGCCUUGUAAUUCCUUUCCACCUUUGCCUACGAUGCCGAGGGAAGGACGUCCAAUGUACCAACGCCAGAUGUCUGAGCCAAACAUCCCCUUCCCGCCCCAAGGUUUCAAGCAGGAGUACCACGAUCCAGUUUAUGAACACACCACCCUGGUGGGCAGCGCGGGCAACCCCAGCUUCCCCCCACCUCUGAUGAUUAAACAGGAGCCUCGAGACUUUGCCUACGACUCAGAAGUGCCUAGCUGCCACUCCAUUUACAUGCGGCAAGAGGGCUUCCUGGUGCACCCCAACAGAACAGAGGGUUGCAUGUUUGAAAAGGGCCCCAGGCAGUUUUACGACGACACCUGCGUGGUCCCCGAGAAGUUCGAUGGAGACAUCAAGCAAGAGCCGGGCAUGUACCGCGAGGGCCCCACCUACCAACGGCGGGGCUCCCUGCAGCUGUGGCAGUUCCUGGUGGCCCUCCUCGACGACCCCUCCAACUCCCAUUUCAUUGCUUGGACCGGCCGCGGCAUGGAGUUUAAGCUGAUUGAGCCCGAAGAGGUGGCCCGGCGCUGGGGCAUUCAGAAAAACAGGCCGGCCAUGAACUACGACAAGCUGAGCCGCUCCCUCCGCUAUUACUAUGAGAAGGGGAUCAUGCAAAAGGUGGCCGGAGAGAGAUACGUCUACAAGUUUGUUUGCGAUCCCGAGGCGCUUUUCUCCAUGGCCUUCCCGGACAACCAGCGCCCGCUGCUGAAGACCGACAUGGAGCGCCACAUCAACGAGGAAGACACGGUCCCCCUGUCCCACUUCGACGAGAGCAUGGCCUACAUGCAGGAAGGCGGCUGCUGCGACCCCCACCCUUACAACGAAGGCUAUGUGUACUAGCUACAGGACAGCGUGGCUGCCGGACGGGCCCCUCGGGCCUCUGCCUCUUUUGCCAAACUUGGAGAAGAAAAGAGGAAAAUACAUCAUUCUGUUGCUUUUUUAAAGAAUAGCCACACACACACGGACACACACAUGCACACACCCACUGUCUCUCUCUCUCUCUCACACACACACACACACACACACACACACACACACGGGUUUUUCCUGUUGCAUCAUCCUAUGGUCUGCCAUGGACAGAGCACUUUACUAGAGGGGGGGAGGGGAGGAAUCUAAACAUUGAUUCGGUGUAACAGGAAGGAGGUGGGGGUGGGGGGUGGGGAUUACUUUUUAUGUAGGCUUGGGAAGGGGUCAUACAGUUUUGAAGUACAAUGAAGCUAUAUCAUGUCUGUUUUGUUUCAUAUCAACAUAAGAUAAUGUACAUUUUCUCUGGGUAUCCACAGUACAGUUAAUUCUCAUUGUAUAAAUAACCUCCGGGAGAAGCUUGGCAGAGAAACAAAAACGCCCCGAGCAUUUGUCUUGUCAUGUCCAAGAAUCUGCAGGUGUCGGGGAGAAGCUCCCCGCGUGGGACAUGGCUGGCUUGGUCCUGGGCGUGCUGGGCUUUGCACCUAGGUUUUUCAAGAUGUAUUUCAAUAAUGCCAUGAACGUCUUCUCUCUGUCUUUCUCUCUCUGUCUCUGUCUCUCUCUGUCUCUCCUUCCCUCCUUCCUUUCCUUCUUCUCUCUCUCCCUCUCCUUCUCUG